GACUCCACAAGUCGUUUCGACCAAUGAAUGUGAUUCAUUCAUGAUUAUGCCGGGCGGUAUAUAAGUUUAAUAAAACGGCAUUUUGACAUCUGAAACUGUUCAUUUGCCAUCGUAACUCAAUUCCCGGUGGUAGUGUGUUGAAUAGGUUAGCUAAGAAACAUUUUGGCACUAAUUUAAAUCGGAAUUAAAUUAAGAUGACGGAUCAAGGAUUUUUGAAACAACAACCAGGCUUCGCUACCGUUGCCAUACAUGCUGGUCAGGAACCUGAAAAAUGGAAUAGUGCUGCGGUAGUGCCACCUAUUACUUUGUCUACCACUUUCAAGCAACCGGCUCCAGCUGAGCAUACAGGCUUCGAAUACGGAAGAUCAGGAAACCCAACAAGAAAUACCUUGGAAGAAUGCCUUGCAGCGUUAGAGGGUGGAAAACAUGGUUUCACUUUUGCUUCUGGAUUAGGAGCGAUCACAACCGUAGCUAUGCUUCUUAAUCAAGGUGACCACAUAAUUUCAAUUGAUGAUCUUUAUGGCGGCACCAAUCGUCUUUUAAGGCAAGUUAUAACUAGACUAGGAAUAGAAGUAACGUUCACGGACAUCACGGUUCCUGGAAAUUUAGAAAAAGCUAUUCAAUCAAACACCAAGAUGCUCUGGUUAGAGACCCCGACAAACCCCAACUUAAAAGUUGUUGAUAUUGCUGCGGCUUCCAAAGUAGUCAAAGAGCAUGGUGAUAUUAUUGUGGUUGUGGAUAAUACAUUCCUCACAUGUUACCUACAAAAGCCGUUGGACUUCGGCGCAGACAUAGUUUUGUACUCAUUAACCAAGUAUAUGAAUGGACACUCAGACGUAGUGAUGGGAUCAGCAGCAACUAACGACGAUGCACUCGCGGAAAAACUUAGAUUUUUACAAAAUGCCAUGGGUGUGGUGCCGUCGCCAUUUGAUUGUUACCUAGUAAACAGAAGUCUCAAAACAUUGGCUUUGCGUAUGGAACGCCAUAAAGAAUCUGCUCUAAUAAUUGCUCAGUGGUUAGAAAAGCAUCCUAAAGUAACUGAAGUUAUGCAUCCAGGACUGCCUUCUCACAAACAUUAUGAGAUUGCCAAAAAACAAAUGACUGGGCAUUCUGGUGUCUUUAGUUUCAAACACUGCGGUGAUCUAAAAGAGUCAAGAAAGUUUUUAAGUUCUUUGAAAAUAUUCACUUUGGCUGAAAGUUUGGGAGGAUACGAAAGUUUGGCGGAAUUACCAUCGGUAAUGACACAUGCAUCAGUUCCCGAGAAACAGCGAGAGGAGCUCGGUAUCACUCAUUCACUAAUAAGGCUCUCAGUCGGUUUAGAAGACGUAGAAGAUCUCAUUCAAGAUUUAGAAAGAGCGUUUAGCGAAGCAUUUUAAUGACAUUAGUAUUUAUCUAAAUAAUUAUCAUUAAAAUACCUAUUUAAUUAA